CCGCCCCAUCUUCAGAGAUCAGCUCGUCAGAAGUUGGGUAAGCAGCAGGGCAGAAUUUCAGGAAGAAGGCCGAACCGGAAAAACUACUUUAAAUCUCUUAAAUACGGAGAGCCGAGGAGAGAAACCGGACCCGUACCCGUCCGAUUCCUCCCUCAGCUCCGAACAGAGCGACCCUGAGUCAGCGGAAAAGACCGCGUCUCUGCGAGCGGUGUUUACCGCCGGGCAGGGAGAGGGAGCGGGCGUGGGAAAGCGAAAGUAACCCGUCGGACGGAAACAUGGCGGCGGCCGCGGAGGAGGAAGAUGUCCAGGAGAGACCGUCGCUGCUGGAGUCGGACCUGACCUGCCCGGUGUGUAAGGAGCUGUUCCGGGACCCCGUGCUGCUGUCCUGCAGCCACAGCUUCUGCCGGGCCUGUCUGGAGUCCAGCUGGAAGCACAGGCACUCGAAGGAGUGCCCCGUGUGCCGGAAGUGCUGCGACGGGGAGCAGCCGAUCCCGAACCGCGCGCUGAAGAACACCUGCGAGUCCUUCCAGAAGGAGAAAGGCUGGAGAGUGCCCGGAGCUCUAGACGUGCUCUGCGGACUCCACCAGAGAGACCUGCAGCUCUUCUGCAUUAAAGACGAGGUGCCCAUCUGCGUGGACUGCGUGACUCUGCACAGCGGACACGACUUCCUUCCCCUAGACCAGGGAGUUCCCUUCUGUAAGGGGGAGCUCGACAUGAAAAUCAGCAUCCUAACUCAAAAGCUGGACUCUUUUAAGAGGAUGAAGAAAAGAUAUGGUGACACAGUUACUUUUAUACAGAGCCAGUCUGAGGAAGCAGAAAAGCAAAUCAAGCAGGAGUUUGAAAGACUUCAUCAGGUCCUGAGAGAUGAAGAGGCAAGCAGAAUAAAAGCCCUAAAAAAAGAAGAAGAUGAGAAGAAGCAGGUCGUGAAGGAGAAGAUUGACAGCAUAGCUCGUGAGAUCAAUUCUCUCUCAGAGCUGAUUCAGUCAGUGAAGAGGGAAAUGGGGGCAGAGGAUUUGACUUUCUUACAAAACUUCCAGACUCUUAAACGAAGGGCCCAGUGGACUAAUGAAGACCCUUCAAAGAUUCAGAAAGCUCUGAUUAACAUGGCUGUGCAUGUUGGAGCACUGGGGUACAAAGUCUGGUAUAGCAUGCAAUCUCAUGUUAAAUGUCUUCCUGUGAUCAUGGAUCCGAACACUGUCUCCCCCUGGCUCUCCAUGUCUCCUGAUUACGCGAGUGUGAGGGACAGUCCGGAGAGACAGUCCUUCCCUGAUAACCCCGAGCGCUUCGACCCCUGUGUGUUUGUCCUGGGCUCGGAGGGCUUCACCUCUGGUCGUCACCGGUGGGAGGUGCAAGUGGGUGACAACCCCAAGUGGAUCGUCGGGGUGUGCAAAGAGUCCGUGGCUCGUAAAAGGAAGUUCACAGUGACCACGUCCGGAGGAGUGUGGAGCAUCGGCCUGAGCAAAGGAGUGUACAACGCCCUGACCACGCCCCGCACCGUGCUGACCGUGGAAAGGAGGCCGGAGACCAUCAGGGUGAAGCUCAAUAUGGAUAAGGGCGAGGUGUCCUUCUGGGAUGCAGGCAAUGGAAGGCAUCUCGUCACCUACACCGACAAGUUCCCUUCCAAGCUCUUCCCACUGUUCGGCCCCGGGCUCCACAGCACACCCAUGGCCAUCCUGCCUUCCAGGCUAACCAUCCACAAGCAGUAAAGCUGCAUGCUGUUUAACCAAAGAACUGCUCUGCCAACCCUGCGUAAA